AUGGCAAUACCACGAUAUCAUGGGAGAAGACAAGCUGAUAUUGCUAUGAUGGGCGCACUGCACAUGGAAGGCAAGAUGCAUGUGAUGGCCGGCAAGCUGCUACAUGACUCGGGGUGGACCACUAUCCUUUCUCAAACAGAAGUCCUUUCAUCCGGUUGUGCACAAUCUGCGCUCAACGAGCAUCACAUCAAUCGGACAAGGUACGCCCAUCAAGUCUACCUCAUUUCACUGUCGUUAUUACUCAAGCAGUCAGCAUAUUCAGAGUAUUGCGAAAGUGUACUGGGACCACCUGAGUCAUUCGAAAUGUGGAAUCAACAUUCCCUAGAUUUACCCCAGUUCAAGUUCUGGUCAACCAUUAUCGAGUUGGAACUGCUGAUGGCCCGCUUUGUCCGAUCCCUUCGAGAGGGGGACUUCCUACUUUAUGUGCAGGCAUGUGAUGAACUCUGUGCUUGGUUUCACGCAAUGGACCAUAAGAACUACGCACGUUGGCUCCCAGUAUAUGUAUACGCGACAUACUCGAGCUACCCGAGAAUCACCCAGAGGUAAAUGCUGUAUUUAUGAAGGGAAACUUUGUGGUACAAAAGUCUGCUAAAAGAUUCAGCCUGAUCGCCAAAGAUCAAGCCCACGAACAGUCCAACAAAAGUCUACAGGCACAUGGCGGAGCUGUUGAAUUCUAUGAGAAUCCAGAGGCUCUUGCACUGUUCAUAUUGCCCAGGCCUGCUUUUGCGCGGAUAGUUGAAGAGUUUGAAGCCGUCUACGACCCACCACCUUCAUCCACUGCUCAUUACGAGGAAGGGCACAACUUGCAAGUCAAGUUUUGAAAGGAUGUACUAUCGUUUGUCGACGUGGUAGUACACAUGGGAAACCCUUUCAUUGCCACAUGUCAGGAGCUUGUUGCAUUCGAUACACAGAAUGUCAUGGAAAAGGUCGUUGUUACAUCUCUAUCUCAAAUCCAUGCAGUGGGCCAAGCCCUUCACGCAGCAUAUGUAACGGAAAGGCUGGAAAAGGCUUCAGUACCAAUAUCCGAUACCAUCAAGCGGAACAACAUGUUCAUCUUCCCCAAUCGACCUGACCCCAAGACAAAAGGCAAUGAGGACAAUUGCACACAAAAGCAGAACAUGACUUUGAUAACGCAACUUUUCCUUUCACUUCAGUCGCGUCCCGAUGCCGACAUGAUGGAAUUCUUCCGCUUCGAAAUCAAAGAGGACCACUGA